AUGCCAAGACGAAUAGCGACCAGGCUGGUGUCAUUCCUUUCGCAAUCAAGGCAAAAAACUAUUUUAUUACAUUUUUCCGUCAUUUUUAUUAUUGUUUUCCACCAAGUCUGGAAGGUAACUCACUGGCAAAUAACGAGGGGGCGACACCGACCGCCUCCCUCUCUCAUCCAGCGUCCAAGCUUCCCUUCCAUGUCAACUGGCCGGGUCUAACACAAUGCCGUCUCAGUAUAUCGAAACCCUCAAUGGUACUCUACCAUCGACAUCCACUAGUCAGACCCUCAUACCCCAGUUCUUCGUGGAAUAAGAACAAUAAUAAAUCGUAAUGUCCACAAAUACCCUCCCGGUACUCGUACCCCUCGGUUAUCGCCCCCCCCCCCCCUGUUUCGGAAAAAAAUCGAGGGUGGCGUGGGUGGGAAAGACGACAACACUAGCUCCCGGAAGCAGAAUGUCCUAACAGGUAGCAGCUGGCCAUGUUGUCCACUCGUACGUCUAGUAAUCCCUGUGCUCCUCCUAGCACUGCUGAUGCUUCAACGUGAUCGGGCGCAAUAGGAAUGUCCUGCGAGCAGCUGCCUUAUCUCAGCACGCAGGCCUCCUCUCCUACAAGCACGCACACAUCCUCUUCGCCAUACAUAUAAAUGCCCACUUCUAUCAACUCCAAUAAAACGCAAUUUCAGACUCCUCCCCCCUUUUUGGUAGGAUCCAUCUGAAAUUCUCGCUUUAUUGACUUUUUCCGAAGUGUCAUUUUUAUUAUUUUUUUCCACCAGGUCUGGAAGGUAACUCACUGGCAAAUAACGAGGGGGCGACACCCAUCGCCUCCCUCUCCCAUCCAGCGUCCAAGCUUCCCUUCCAUGUCAACUGGCCGGGCCUAACACAAUGCCGUCUCAGUAUACCGAGACCCUCAAUAGAACUCUACCAUCGAUAUCCACCAACCUCGACGUUUAGUGGGGCGACAUUUUGUCUCCCUUGCCUGUACCAUCGUGUAAGCUAGCCCUUUUCUGCUCCAUCUUUCUCCCCUUUGGUAGUUUUCGUGAUACGAUGUCUACGUCCACCAUAUUGUUCCGAGUAUAUACCGAAAACGUACUCGAGCCUUCCUUCCAUUUACCCGCUCUGUAUAAUUCUACCCGGUACGCUCCCCCCGCUCCCAGCGUGGUUGCGGCCCCAAUUCUCAACGAACGAAAGCCAACCUGCCUCUGGUCGUCACUUGCCUUCUCUACAGUCUGGCGAAGGGCUCGAAGCGCCUUGGAAUAUCCACACACCUUAACCAUAUAUAUUGCUCCUACCACACACAGCGAAACGAGCACAGAGAGCCGUCCUCAGGCAACGAGAGAUGGUACGCCAUCAAUUCCACCAACACCGCCACGGCACCGCCACCGGCACCGAUCUGAGAACGCGCCCCUCGUGCGACAUCGCGUACCCGUGUAACGUACGCCCCCUUUUCCCACUGAUCUCCCUUGUGGCCGCGAAGCCGAACCCGAACACCCGUGGCCGUGUGACAGUGCAACGGGGAUAGCACCUGCUCCCUAACGAAGAACUCAACUCGCUUGGACAUGGGCACGUGCGACAUCCAACAUAUUUCGUUUGAUGAGAGGCACCCCAUUCCGCCACUCCACCUGCUGUUCGACUCGAUGAAAGUACUGUAGUACGGCGGCAAGCCUGCCGAAAAAUUGUCGGUACAAUGUUACCCUGAUCUGCACAGCACCACGUCUGCAUUACCCCAAGACGUGUGAUCGUGAGAGUGCUCCAACACGGCGGUUCUGACGCGAAUUUGUUAGUCGAGUUACGCCACCCACACGCCAAGCGCCGAUCUACCAGAGGCCGCAGCAUGCCAAGACGAAUAGCGACCAGGCUGGUGUCAUUCCUUUCGUAAGGAGGAUUCUAUUUACGUCAUCGGUGGCGUUUUUCCUUACAUACGUCACCGCCCGUAUUUCAGCCCACAGAGCUUUAAUUGGCACAAAAUAAAUUGCGUUGUGUAGCUAUGACCCACACCAAUCAUACGAGCCUUUCGACGGUCGAAUCCGAUGAGUGGUUGCGGAGAUUUGCUCAAAAGGGGGCUCAGCAUAUGAUACUGCAUCUACCACAAAUAAAUCCGACUGUAACUUCGCUCAGAGAGCUCCGAUCGAC